UGCCGACUCGAAGGCCCACAGAAUUUCGCAAGAGGAUCAAGGCCUGAAGCUUCAUCAUUCCUUACGAAAAAAAUGCUACGAGCAAGCUUGCUGUUUUCAAUUCUCCUUUGCAUUUGUCAUGGAGCAAAUGUCAAGAUCCCAAAAAAAACCCAGGAUUAUUUAACUGGACUAACAAUUCUAGAGCAACCUUGUACUACCAUGAGAAGUGGACUUGUUCGUUACAUCCCUGUUUCUCAUAAGCUGGAAGUCUGCUCGAACAGACAAUGGGUUCCUUAUGACCCAGUAAGCCCGCGUUCACGUUUAGGACUAGUGGGUCACUGGAAAAUGGACGAACAGACCGGUGACACUGUAGAUGAUGACUCCGGCCACGAGAAUCACGCCACAGCCAGUGGA